CCCCACUAAACCCCUCGUUUAUUCUGUUAACAGCUUCAGGCUUCAGUUUCUCCCAUUUGCAAUAUUCCGGAAUGGCUCGCACGGUCAAAAACCCUAAGAAGGCCAAGAGAAAGAACAAGGGAUCGAACAAGGGAGAUGGGUCGUCAUCUUCUUCAGUGCCGUCGAUGCCGACUAGGGUUUGGCAACCGGGCGUCGACAAGUUGGAGGAAGGAGAAGAGCUUCAGUGCGACCCCUCUGCUUACAAUUCUCUUCAUGCUUUUCACAUUGGCUGGCCCUGUUUGAGCUUUGAUAUCGUGCGCGAUACAUUGGGUUCAGACCGGAAGGACUUCCCACACACGGUUUAUUUCGUCACUGGAACUCAGGCCGAGAAAGCUGCUUGGAAUUCUAUUGGAGUAUUUAAAGUCAGUAAUGUUUCCGGGAAAAGACGGGAACUAAUUCCUGCUAAAUCUGAGGAUGACUCUGAUAUGGAGAGUGAGGGUGAUGAUAGUGAAGAUGAGGAAGAUGGUGGAUCUGGCACACCUGUUUUGCAGUUGCGAAAGGUAGCACAUCACGGUUGUGUUAAUCGUAUACGGGCCAUGACACAGCAACCCCAUAUAUGUGCAUCAUGGGCUGAUAGUGGUCAUGUUCAGGUAUGGGAUUUAAGUUCUCAUCUGAAUGCUUUAGCUGAGUCAGAAACCGAAGGUGUCCAGGGAGCUUCUUCUGUUUGUAAUCAAGCUCCUUUAGUUAAUUUCCGUGGCCACAAAGAUGAAGGCUAUGCAAUAGAUUGGAGUCCCAUUGUUCCAGGAAGGCUUGUAACUGGGGAUUGUAAGAACUGUAUUCAUCUAUGGGAACCUACCUCUGGUUCUGCAUGGAAUAUUGAUGCCACUCCAUAUAUAGGCCAUUCUGCAAGUGUGGAAGAUCUACAAUGGAGUCCUACAGAACCUAAUGCAUUUGUCUCUUGUUCGGUGGAUGGGACCAUUGCAAUUUGGGAUACCCGUUUGGGGAAGACACCAGCAGCUUCCUUCAAGGCACAUGAGGCAGAUGUAAAUGUUAUCUCAUGGAACAGGCAGGCUAGUUGUAUGUUAGCAUCUGGAAGUGAUGAUGGGACAUUUUCUAUCCAUGAUUUUAGAUUGCUAAAGGAAGGAAAUACUGUUGUAGCUCAUUUUAAAUACCAUAAAUACCCUGUGACAUCUAUUGAGUGGAGUCCACACGAAGCCUCCACUUUGGCUGUUUCAUCAUCUGAUAAUCAACUAACAAUAUGGGACCUUUCCUUAGAAAAGGAUGAGGAAGAGGAGGCGGAGUUCAAAGCUCAAACAAAAGAGCAAGUAAACACCCCUGAAGAUUUACCACCUCAGCUUCUCUUUGUUCAUCAGGGACAGAAAGACUUGAAAGAACUUCACUGGCAUACUCAGAUUCCAGGGAUGCUUGUAUCCACUGCAGCAGAUGGUUUUAACAUCCUGAUGCCUUCGAACAUACAGAGUACCAUCCCCUCCAAUGGUGCUGCUUAAAAUUUGAGUUUGGUCAAUGGAAUGCUUCCUUAAUAGAAGCAUGGCAUAUAUUUGAUACAUGCUCCGGAUCUCAUUGCAGUGAUGUUAAGAAUAAGCAGCUUUCAUACAUGUACAAAAUUUUGGUGUUUAUGCUUCUGUAUGGUAUUUUUUGGUAAUGUAUUGCUUUUUGCUCCCAAAGAUUUUUGAAAGAAAGAGUUUGGUCAUGA